UCCUGUGACCUGUCUCCCGUCCCUGAGCCCGUUCUGGGAAAGCUCAGGUCUCAACAUUAGUUUUUCACGCCUAAUUUCUUUGCCUCCACCUUCACCUUUCUCUCUUUUCAUUUACGCCCGCCCCUCGAUCCCUCGACCAAACUCGUAAGUUUCCAGCGCGUUUCCCAACUGUUCUAAUAAAGUUGGAGAGAGGACUUUUUCAAAACUACAAUUCCCGGCAUCCCCUGUGAAGGAGCUCUCGCGAGUUGUAAGGAGACACGUACGCGGAAGGAGCAAGCUGUAGCAGGCGGCAGAGCUGGCGUAAAGGGAGCUAGUGGCUUGUGUUGGUUCUAUAACCCUUGGCUACGAGGAGAAACUAACGUCUAUAUUGGACAGACUCAGUUGUGGGGUCCAGAGGGUCAGCAACCAGUCCUCGGAAUCCAGAGAUUUGACACCAGUCGUCAGGACGGGCACUGCGGGACCUUGUAGGCUCAGUAUUUGGCGUGCCAAGGGAAACCUGUCCCCUGACUGAGCUUUAGCACAUGCAGGGAAGGGCUAUGUGUUGCAAUUUGGAGCGUGAGGUCUGAGUGCAAUUCUUCCGUUGGCGUUUGAGGUUUAGGUAGCAGUCUGCAUCAUGCUCAAAGCUGUGAUCCUCAUUGGAGGGCCUCAAAAGGGGACUCGCUUCAGGCCUUUGUCUUUUGAGGUGCCCAAACCACUGUUUCCUGUGGCGGGCGUCCCUAUGAUCCAGCACCAUAUAGAAGCCUGUGCCCAGGUCCCUGGGAUGCAGGAGAUUCUGCUCCUUGGCUUCUACCAGCCUGAUGAGGCCCUAACCCAGUUCCUAGAGGCUGCCCAGCAGGAGUUUAACCUUCCAGUCAGGUACCUGCAGGAGUUUGCCCCCCUCGGCACUGGGGGUGGUCUCUACCAUUUUCGGGACCAGAUCCUGGCGGGGGGACCUGAGGCCUUCUUCGUACUCAAUGCCGACGUCUGCUCCGACUUCCCUUUGAGUGCUAUGUUGGAAGCUCACAGGCGCCAGCGCCACCCUUUCCUACUCCUCGGCACCACCGCUAACAGGACACAAUCCCUCAACUACGGCUGCAUUGUUGAGAACCCGCAGACGCAUGAGGUCCUGCACUAUGUGGAGAAACCUAGCACCUUUAUCAGUGACAUCAUCAACUGUGGCAUCUACCUUUUCUCCCCAGAAGCCCUGAAGCCUCUCCGGGAUGUUUUCCAGCGGAAUCAGCAGGAUAGGCAACUCUGCCUUGCUCUGGGAGAGGAAUCUCCAGGCUCGUGGCCGGGGGCAGGGACCAUCCGACUGGAGCAGGAUGUGUUCUCAGCCCUGGCUGGGCAGGGCCAGAUCUAUGUGCACCUCACCGAGGGUAUCUGGAGCCAGAUCAAGUCUGCAGGCUCAGCCCUCUAUGCCUCCCGUCUCUAUCUGAGCCGAUACCAGAUCACUCACCCAGAACGGCUGGCCAAACACACUCCCGGGGGCCCCGAAUCAGAGAUGUGUUUCGGGGUAUCUGCCCCCAGGUUGUUUCUUCUGCUUCUAGGAAAUGUUUACAUCCAUCCAACGGCUAAAGUGGCGCCAUCAGCUGUGCUGGGCCCCAACGUCUCCAUUGGGAAGGGGGUGACGUUGGGCGAGGGUGUACGUCUGCGAGAGAGCAUUGUCCUCCAUGGAGCCACUCUGCAGGAGCACACCUGUGUCCUUCACAGCAUCGUGGGCUGGGGGAGCACUGUGGGGCGCUGGGCCCGCGUAGAGGGGACUCCCAAUGACCCCAACCCCAAUGACCCCCGAGCUCGCAUGGACAGUGAGAGCCUCUUCAAGGAUGGAAAGCUACUUCCUGCCAUUACUAUCCUGGGCUGCCGCGUCCGGAUCCCUGCUGAGGUGCUCAUCUUGAACUCGAUUGUUCUGCCACACAAGGAGCUAAGUCGAAGCUUCACCAACCAGAUCAUCCUGUGAGGGUGCUGCCUCAAGCCCCCCCCCCCCCCCCCGGGGACUCCCGCUCGCCUUCCUCCGGGCUGCGGCCUGCCUGGCCCGCUCCGUCCAGAACGGGAUCUGAGGAAACCAGAGAGAAUCUUCCCUUGCAGGGAGCCACGUGUGUGGCCAGGGACGUCUGGCCACCCUCUCCACCCCCAAAUAAACCCCUAUGAACCUUG